AUGGCCGGGAGAAGCGGCAGCCACCCCAGCAGCGCCGCCGGGAGCCCCGAGCCGGACGCCGACGACGAGGCGCCUUCGGGGUACCCGCUCUGCAUCUGCGAGGGCGCCCCGGACCCGAAAUAUCUGUGCGGCCGCUGCCAGCGCGUGCUGCGGGAAGCCUUGCAAACCCUCUGCGGGCAUCGCUAUUGCAAAGCUUGCCUGGCCUGGCUCGUACGAAAUCAUAACAACCCAAUUUGUCAAAGUUGUAAGCAAGACGACCCUGACACCAUAGAUGAAGAAACUUUGUUAUCAGUAGAAAAGGCUUUUAGCGAUGGUGCCAUUAACAAGGAGAUUUCGGAGCUAAGCGUACGUUGUGUGGUCCCUGGAUGUACAUGGACUGGCAUCAUGAAGGCUUUGGAAGACCAUCAGAGAACAUGCGAAUACGCCCUGAUCCCAUGCCAUGCUGGGUGUGGACAGGCAGUGAUGCGGAAGAAGCUCGCAGAACAUUUGCAGGAUGAAUGCGUGAAUACCACCCUGCAUUCCAGUCGUCACCAGAAAACCGCUGAUUCUAAGCACCAAACUCUUUGGGCGGUUUCUACUGACAAGGACAGCUGUCGAUUCUCCAGGAUUGGCUGCUCAUUCAAGGGAAACAGAAAAGAAAGGCAGGAGCAUGAGAAGAGUGCCAUGGGGAUGCACUUAGUUCUGCUGCUUCAGCAUGCGAAUCAACUGAAGGGGAAUCCGCACCCUGCCGGCAGCGGUGGGGCUGACUCGUGCUUCAAGGCUGCGAAGGCCCUGAACGGGAUCUUCAUGAGCUUGCAACUCCCGCCAGCUUUGGACAUGGAUGCUUUCCCCGGACUCCCUCUGUAUGAGGGAGAAGCCGGGUGGCAAGCCCUGCUGAGGGGCAAAGUGGUCCCUUUGUUGGACAGCAAGCUGCAGGUGUUUGAAAACAUUGUGUCUGUGCUUAGCAAAGAGAUGGACGCUUCGCGCCAGAAGAUUGCGGCCUUCCGGGGACAACGGGGCCUUGAUCAGGAUACUAUCCGUGGCUUGGAAUUGAAGAUUGCUGAUCUCCAGCGAUGCCUGGCACAGAAAGAGGUGGCUCUCGGCAGGCUCCAGCAAAAACUCCUCCUCUCUGCAGAAGCUUCCUAUGAUGGUGCUUUUCUGUGGAAGAUCACAGAUGUCCACCAGAAGUGCUAUGAAGCCGUGAGCAGGAAAGUGUGCAGUUUUCAGUCGCCUGCAUUCUACACGGCACGAUACGGUUACAAACUCUGCAUGAGGCUGUACCUGAAUGGAGAAGGGAGGGGGAAAGGAACUCACCUGUCCCUCUUCCUGGUGCUCCUUAGAGGGGAAUACGAUGUGCUCCUCGAGUGGCCUUUCACAUAUAAGAUCACCUUCAUGCUGCUUGACCAGAACAACGAGGACCAUCUGACAAGCACUUUUUACACAGAUCCAACCUCUCCAUCAUCCCAGAGGCCUGUGACCAGUAUGAACGAGGCCUGCGGCUGUCCCCGAUUCCUCUCGCUGGCCAAACUGCAGUCACUGAAAUAUACUUAUUUAAAAGACGGCACUCUUUUCCUCAAGUGUAUUGCAGAACCGUCACUGUGAAAACGGGCAUCAAAGCUUUUAAAACAUCCGUGGGUGAUAAAUUCGAGGAGAGAGCUAAGCCAGAAACAUCUGGUGAAUCAGAGAACUGUUUUGCAUCUGCUGCGGGACUUGCAGUGAAACCUAUUAACCAGGCCACCGGCUACACUGUGGAACAAUCUGUGUUGGACUGCCUCCAGUUUCCUUCCUUUAACCUCCGUACCUUAAUGUUCUGACUUCUAGUUCCACGCAGGGGGUGAUGUGUUAGUGUCAUCAGCAGGAUGUUUUUCUUUAGGUGCUGAAAUGCAUAGGGUGGCUUACAGACCAUUUUUGUGAAUAGAGGCCAACUUGUUGGAAGCGGCCCGUGUUACUUCCUGUUUGUUUUUAAGGACCGUCACUCUGUUUAUCAGGCAUUCUCUGCCAUGCUUUCAACAACACUCUUGCCCUGCCCCUCAGGGUGCCUUGAUAUCUUUGCAGCACACUGAGGUUGCAAAUCUGUACACAUUUACUUGGUGAGAAGCCCCUCGGAGGGGCUUCUGGGUGCAUGCUUAAACUCAGACUGUUAAAAUAUUUGCUGUCAGUGGUUUUCAAACCAUCCAGUUCUCUCUCCCAUAAGUGUGUGUGUUUUUUAGCCCCUGGGGUAUGCUGUUUCCAUUUCAGAGCCCCUGUGCUUUUGCAGGGGUUCUAGAUCUUGCACAUGUGGUUCUAGGGUCACCAGAAUGUAGUUCUUCCAAUCCAGGCUGCCUGGUGCGCACUUUAGUCAAACUGACCGCUUAGGAACACGUUGUGUACACUUUAGUCAAAUUGGCUGCUAACUGAACACAUGUGUUCAUGCAUUAUCUACUAAUUGUAUUGGGGUCUGCUUCCAACAGUUGCUGCAAAAAGUCAGGGAAGUAUCCAAGGAAGCUCCUUUUGACCUGUGCGCUCAUACCAUAAUUUGUUUGAGGGAUAUGGCACACACGUCAACCACAACUUUGACUUCCCUUCAUUAGGUGCAAUAGUGGAAGGUGGCGCCAGGCAUGUUUCUCAGUGGAAGAUUGGGUAGAACACUCCUGUAUGUUUUUCCGCCAAGCUCUGUGUCAAUAAGGGCUGCAUCAAUAUUUGCCUUUUUAAAAAUAAAAACUCGGGGUUCAAGC